AUGGCGCCUGUUUUCUCUUCCCUGACUCGCUUGACAGCAGUCAUCUCUUCUGUGCUUCUCCUGUCGGCUGACGUGGUCCUUGGUACCACCACUCGCGAACAGACUCUCACUGGGACUUACGACUAUAUCAUUGUUGGCGGUGGUGUAUCAGGUCUGGUCGUUGCAAACAGACUUUCAGAGAAAGCACAAAAAUCUGUUCUCGUCCUUGAGUAUGGUUACAAUGACAACUCAACCAAAACUCUGUGGCCUUAUUAUGGUACCGCGUACAAUGAUCCCGACAUGUUCGAGAUCAAUUCGACCCCUCAAGAGAAUCUUCAAAACCAAACUUUCGUAGCCUAUGCUGGCAAGGUCCUUGGAGGCGGUUCCAUCGUGAAUGGUAUGGGCUAUGAUCGUGGUACUCAACCUGAUUAUGAUGCUUGGGGCGAGCUUGGUAAUGAUGGCUGGGACUGGAGCAACUUGCUUACUUACUUCAAGAAGAGCAGCACUUUCACUCCUAACAAGAAGGAGACUCUCGACAAGUACAACUACACUUAUGAUCUAUCGGCUUAUGGCAAUGGACCUGUCCAAGUCUCUCUACCUGAGUGGCAGUAUCCUGAAAUGCCCGCUUUCUGGGAUGCCAUGGAGGAGAUGAAGAUCAACAAGGUGCAAGAAGGUGCUCUCGGCGAGCCUGGACACUUUUGGGUUCCUGCCAGUACCGACCCCAAGUAUCAGACAAGAUCCUCAGCCCGUUCUGCGUACUAUGACCCCAUUGCUUCUCGUCCCAACCUCAAGGUCGUUACUGGCGUACAAGUUCAAGAGAUCGUCUUCGCUACUCUGACAGCCAAAGGUGUCAAGCUGCUUGACAGAGACACUGGUAAGACCUACACUGCUUACGCCGAUAUGGAGCUUAUUCUCGCCGCUGGUGCCAUCCACACUCCACAAAUUCUGCAACUCAGUGGUGUAGGUCCUGCUAGCGUGCUCAAAGAAGCAGGUCUCAAAGUCAAGGUCGACCUUCCUGGUGUUGGCAACAACUUCCAGGACCACCCUGCAGCGUACCUGAUGUGGAACUUCAACAACGACACAACUCCUAACACAAACUCUUUGACCAACAAUGCAACUUUCAACGCUACUUCUUACGACGAAUAUGUUGCCAACAAGACUGGCCCAUAUACACAGGCUCAUGGAAACGGUGCUGCGUUCUUGCCUCUUUCGAAGAUUGCUCCGGACACUUACAAGACAAUCGCAAAUAAGCUCGCUUCUCAAGAAGCCGCCGACUAUCUCCCUGCCAUAUACUCUGAUUACCCUGAACUCGUUGCUGGUUACGAAGCACAACGCAAGAUCCAGGUUCAACAGUUCAACUCUGACAAUGCCUCGAUGUAUGAGUUCUCUUUCCAGGGUGGCGGUUUUGCUAUCACUGCUCUUCAGAAGCCUACCAGCCGUGGUACUGUUUACAUCAACCCUAAAAACCCUUACGGCGAGCCAAUCAUCGAUUAUCACGGUCUUCAGAACCCCGUUGACAUGGACCUUCUGCUUGCCAGCAUUCGCUACACUCGUCAGAUCUACAACACUUCUGCGCUGUCUGUCUUCGAGCCGGUCGAGCUCACCCCAGGCACUAAGUACCAGACUGAUGAUGAGCUCAAGUCGCAGAUUGCAUCGGGUCUUGUGUUGCCCACCUUUGCUCAUCCUGCUUCAUCAUGUGCUAUGAUGCCGAGAGAUCUUGGUGGUGUCGUCGAUUCUGGCCUCCAAGUUUAUGGUAUCAAGAAGGUUACCAUUGUCGAUGCUUCCAUUAUGCCACUCAUCCCGGGUACUCAUCUGCAAGCUACUGUCUAUGCCGUUGCUGAGAAGGCUGCCGAUAUUAUCAAGGCUAGACAUGGCGCUCUUUGA